CACGAAUCCACACAAACUGAUCAUAAACCCCAAUCAGCUUUCUAUAAAUCAUAUCCAUUUCUUCGAAAUCCAUUUUUCACUAGCCAUCGUGUACCUUCAAUAAGCCAAUAUCCAUGGCUAUUCGAAUUAUGCUGACAUUUCUAUUCGUGUCUUUCCUUCUCUCCCCGACCAUUUUGGGGUACAAUCACGAUGAGGUAAAGUCUUGGUGUAGCAAAACACCUAAUCCACAACCAUGUGAGUAUUUUUUAAGCCAUAACCCAAAAAAUACCCCCAUUCAACAUGAGUCCGAUUUUCUCAAAAUUUCUAUUGAACUAGCCUUGGACCGUGCCAUGCAUGGUAAAGUCAAUACGUACUCCCUAGGCUCAAAAUGUAGAAAUGGGCUUGAAAAAGCUGCAUGGGAAGAUUGCCUUGAGCUCUAUCAAGAGAUCGUUCUUUGGCUCAACAAAACUACUGGCAGCAAGUGCACAAAAUAUGAUGCACAAACAUGGCUCAGCACGGCUCUAACCAACCUAGAAACGUGCAGAACCGGGUUCGCUGAAUUCGGGAUGACUGACUAUAUUUUGCCUUUGAUGAGUAAUAAUGUGUCCAAGUUAAUCAGCAAUACUUUGGCUAUUAACAAGGCACCAUAUAGCGAACCUAGUUUCAAUGGUGGGUUCCCUUCAUGGGUCAGACCUGGCGACCGGAAACUCUUGCAAUCAUCUUCACCAGCUUCUCAGGCAAACAUUGUGGUGGCACAAGAUGGGUCAGGGAACGUCAAGACCAUUAAGGAGGCCAUAGAUGCGGCAUCGAAAAGAUCAGGGUCAGGGAGGUAUGUGAUAUAUGUGAAGGCAGGGACAUACAACGAAAACGUUGAGGUAGGACAAAAGGUGAAGAAUGUUAUGGUGGUAGGUGAUGGUAUAGGGAAGACAAUUGUCACCGGUAGCAAAAGCGUCGGAGGAGGCACUACAACUUUCAAGUCAGCCACUUUUGCCGUGGUUGGAGAUAAUUUUAUUGCUCGAGACAUGACAUUUAGAAACACAGCCGGCGCUAAAAAUCAUCAGGCAGUUGCCUUACGUUCCGGCUCCGAUUUAUCGGUGUUCUACAAGUGCAGCUUCGAAGGAUACCAAGACACCCUCUAUGUCCAUUCUCAGAGACAGUUCUAUAGAGAAUGUGACAUUUAUGGCACUGUUGACUUCAUAUUCGGCAACGCUGCAGUUGUUUUUCAAAAUUGUAACAUCUAUGCACGAAACCCUCCUAACAAGACCAAUACCAUUACCGCCCAGGGGAGGACAGACCCUAACCAAAACACCGGAAUUUCAAUUCACAAUUGUAAGGUAACUGCUGCUUCCGACUUAAAGUCAGUCCAAAGCUCCGUUAAAACAUACCUCGGCAGGCCAUGGCAAAAAUACUCAAGGACUGUUUUCAUGAAAACAGACCUUGAUAGCUUGAUUAACUCAGCUGGUUGGAUGCCAUGGAGUGGUAAUUUUGCUCUUGAUACUUUAUAUUAUGGAGAAUACAUGAAUACUGGCCCUGGAUCAUCUACUGCCAAUAGAGUUAGCUGGAAAGGCUACCACGUUAUCACUAGUGCAUCCGUGGCAUCACAAUUCACUGUGGCCAGCUUCAUUUCGGGAAAUAAUUGGUUGCCGGCCACCAACGUGCCAUUCACCGCCGGCCUUUAAUUAUUCGUUAUGUAGAUGAUUGAUUAAGGGGCUGUUAUUUACAUAUAAUGUUCUUUGUGGGGUAUACUAAAUUUAGUUUCUUUUGGGAAAAAAAAAUUAUAUUAUUAAAUCUUCAUUUGCAGAAAAAGGGAAGAACAAGGUGUUUAUCAUGUAUAUUCCAGCAAGUAUAUAUAGUUUUCUUUCUUUGUAAUUUUCAGUAUAAGAAAUAAAUGUGAUUUUUCAUUCAUGUCAAUGUAAUCACAAUUUGUAACAGCAAUUGUAUUAAUGAUUUCCUUGGAAAAAUUAAAGAUAUUUUAUUAUUUUGAUGAA